AUGCAUUGUCGGGACCACUACCUGGGCUUGAGCUUGGUCCUAUUUUUCUCGUUUCUCCCCGCCUUUACCUAUGGUCACGGAUACGUCGCCUUUGUAACCGUCGACGGUACCACCUUCACAGAAAAUGCCCCAAACGCACACCCUACGCCCGCAGCAACCCGUCAGAUCAACGACGUCGGUCCGGUCAAGGGCGCAUCCAAUGCCCAACUCACCUGCGGACAUACGCCGAAUCCCGCAACACAAUUCGCAGACCAGACGCUCAAAGUCAAUCCUGGGUCACAAGUAGCAUUUGACUGGAGAGGAGGGGAUCUAAGCAAAUGGCCUCACAAUACGGGCCCGAUGCUCACGUAUAUGGCAGACUGUGGGCAAGGAGGUUGCGAGAAGUUCGACGCUACGAAGGCGAAAUGGUUUAAAAUCCAACAAAUUGGGAGAAAGACUGGAGGGAACAAGGAAUGGGCACAACAAGACAUUAUGAAUGGCGCUACCGCUAUCGUGACUAUUCCGAGUAACAUCGCGCCGGGCAACUAUCUCAUACGGCAUGAAAUUAUCGCAUUGCAUCUCGCUGUCACUGAAGGAGGCGCCGAGUUCUACCCAUCCUGUACGCAAAUCGCUAUCUCCGGAAAUGGCAACGGUCGACCGAAGUCUCAAGACUUUGUGAGCUUUCCUGGUGCUUACAAGGACGAUGAUCCUGGCAUUUUCUUUCCUGAGACAUACAAUACGAGUGCGACGUAUAUCUUCCCUGGCCCCGCGAUCGCUUCAUUCAUUUCACCGUCUUCUGAUUCUCCUUCAACAUCGGGCUCAACGUCAACUCCUCCACGAAGUCUUCAAGGCUCCUGUCGUUUGAAGAAACGCUCCUCGACAACAACAGUGAAUGCCGUCGUUAGACCUAGACACGUCAGUCGCAUCAUGAAGAGCUUGAGUUUUGGUUCGUUAAGCUGGCAUUAA